CUUCCGGGGCCCAGCGAGCUGCCCCCUCAUGCUGCUAGGCAGCGUCAAUUCGCUCAGGUGGUGCGCAAAGGAUCGGCUGUGGCCGGCAUGGCCAGUGUUGUGAAUAGCAGGGCAAGAGGCAAGCGGGGAGAGCGGUUACAGCUGUGUGCUGGUGCUUUCCUGUAGAAAACAUGGGUUCGUGUCCGAUGCCCCUGGCCGGCCAAACCCCGCUGCCCCGGGCCUAACAGUGAGUUGACUCCGUGUAGCAAAGUAACCAAAGACACACCAGCUUGCUGGGGUGUCAUGUUGGCCAUCUGGCCACUGCAGCAGCCGUGCUACAGAGCAGCCCCAGUGUGAAAUAGCUACUCUGACUCCUGGAAAAUCAGCCCCGCCGGCUCCCAUUCCUCCCAAGAGGAGUUUUGUCAGAGGCUUGAGCAAUUUGAAGGCAGGUGCUCAUCUGCACAUGACAAACAGGGGGCUCUUUAACGUUUGCACCAAACCAUCAAAACCCCAAGAGAGUCGGUUUUGGAAGAGAAACGGUGGUCGAAACUCGUUCCUUUCCGAGCAGGAUCAGUGCCCGGUGUAGGGGAUUGCUGCAAAGGUAGGACCUGGUCAGAUCAGGAUGAAGCUGAAGCAGAGAUGGGCCAUGUUUGUUGCGCAAGUCGUUAGGCUAUGAGGAAACUGGAGGUUUUCCACACUCAAAAAAGAAAAUAAAGUUGAGGGAGAGGAGGAAAAAAAGACCCUGGACACACUGGAACUAAGGACACCACCAGGACCACAGGACAUCAAAGGACAGGAGCCACAAACAUGAACACCAGGAUACUCAGGACAGGAUCAGGUUUGCUGUCUUGCAGAACUUGCUGAUAUUCUUCCAAAUAGAGAGCAGUUUUUAUUUACUCUAUUUUGCAUCACAUCAGAUCUUAUCAUGAGUCGAAAAGAUUUGUCAGAAGAAGUGGAGGAGAGCCCUCAACCCUUAUGUAUCACCUGUGGCCAACCACAUUUACUAGAAGAGAACCACCUGUACAGCUACACAGAAGAAGUGGAUGAUGAUCUAAUAUGCCACAUCUGCCUGCAAGCUUUGAUCCAGCCACUGGACACUCCUUGUGGUCACACCUACUGCACAGUCUGUCUUACAAACUUCCUAGUGGAAAAAGACUUCUGCCCUGUGGAUCGCAAAAAUUUGAUUCUACAGUCUUGCAGAAAGUCCAACAUACUAGUAAAUAAACUCCUGGAUAAGCUAAUGGUUAGCUGCCCUUUCACAGAACACUGCUCAGAGGUUUUGCAACGUUGUGACCUUGAACAGCAUUUUCAAACCGGAUGUAAAGGAGCAUCCCAUUAUGGCCUUACCAAGGAACGAAAGAGACGUUCACAAGAUGACUCUCCAGACUGUAGUGCCACUUUAACCAUAGCGGCUCUUGGCCCAGAGCUCUCCACAGCUGCAGCGAUUGCCUUAAUGACAGAUGAACCAGGCCUAGUUAAUCCAGCCUUCAGCCUUGCUUCAGAAGACAACCAGUCAGGGAGCAGUUCUGGGGACCCCAGCAGGAGCAACCGAAACAGAAGUCGACCCUUCGAACGUUCCACUAUAAGAAGCAGGUCUUUUAAAAAAAUAAAUCGAGCUUUGAGUGUCCUUCGAAGGACGAAAAGCGGCAGUGCCGUAUCCAACCAGGCUGACCAGGAAAGGGAGUGUGUUGAAAACUGUCUUGCUGCAGAGGAAGAUUCAGAGUGCUCCAUACCACUCCCGAUGAGAAAUGUACAAGAGUAUGGAGAAAAAUCUGCAAGCAGAGUCAUCAAAAACAAGACAGAAAGUUUACUUCUUUCUAGAUUCUGCCGUUCAACGAUAUAUAAAGACUGGAAGUGUAAAUGGGGAAAGAAAGCCUUCCCCAGGUUAUAUCACCUGAUUCCAGAUGGAGAAAUUACCAGUAUUAAGAUCAUUCGUACUGAUCCCAAAGAAAGUCUUGCCAUUAGAGUUGUGGGAGGCAGUGAGACGCCUUUGGUCCACAUCAUAAUACAGCAUAUCUAUCGAGAUGGGGUGAUUGCCAGAGAUGGAAGAUUACUGCCGGGAGACAUGAUACUAAAGGUGAAUGGCAUGGACAUCAUCAAUGUUCCUCACAACUACGCCCUGUCAGUUCUGAAGCAGCCUUGUCAGGUGCUCCGGCUCACUGUGCUCAGAGAGCAGAGGUACCGGUGCCGAAACAACGGACUUUCUCUUGAUGCUCACUACAACAGGGAUGACAGUUUUCAUGUGGUUCUAAACAAAGGCAGCCCAGAUGAGCAGCUGGGAAUAAAGCUGGUCCGCAAGGCAGAUGAACCUGGGGUAUUUAUUUUCAACUUGCUGGAAGGAGGUGUGGCUGCCCGUGAUGGACAGCUUCGAGAAAAUGACCGGGUGUUAGCUAUUAAUGGCCAUGAUCUUCGGUAUGGCAGUCCGGAAAAUGCAGCCCAGCUGAUACAGGCCAGUGAGAAGCGGGUUCACUUUAUUGUGUCACGGCAGACCAGACAGCAGACCCCUGACAUCGUGCAGGAGGCUGGGUGGAAUUACAACGGCAGUCCUCAGCCUUGCCCAUCGGAAAGAAACUAUCCUAACAAGAAUACCCUUCAUGCUGUCACCUGUCAUGAGAAGGUGGUGUCUGUCCGGAAAGAUAACACAGAGUCACUGGGAAUGACUGUGGCAGGUGGAGCAUCUCACAGGGAAUGGGAUUUGCCCAUCUACGUGAUAAGCAUUGAACCUGGAGGAGUCAUCAGCAGAGAUGGCAGUAUGAAAACAGGUGACAUUUUGCUGAAUGUGAAUGGAAUUGACCUGACUGGUGUCAGCCGUAGUGAGGCAGUAGCCCUAUUGAAAAACACCACCUCAUCUGUAGUGCUCAAAGCCUUGGAAAUGAAAGAAUGUGAGGCCCUGGAGGACAUGAGCCAUGUAUCACUCCCUGACACUACUCAGAACACAUCUGAUAACAGUGAAUGGUCACCUUCCUGGGUUAUGUGGCUUGAGCUGCCACGGUAUUUGUACAGCUGCAAAGAAAUUGCAUUACGAAGAAAUACAGCAGGAAGUCUUGGCUUCAGCAUCGUAGGCGGUUAUGAAGAACACAGUGGGAACAAACCAUUCUUUAUCAAAUCCAUCGUUGGAGGCACACCAGCAUACAAUGAUGGAAGAAUUAGAUGCGGUGAUAUCCUCCUCGCUGUCAAUGGCAGGAAUACAUCAGGAAUGAUGCAUGCCUGUUUGGCAAGGAUGCUCAAAGAACUGAAAGGAAAAAUUACUCUCACUCUUAAGUCCUGGCCUGGCACUUUUUUAUAA